AUGGCUGAAACAAACUCGAAAAAAAUACUCAGUUUAAUUCGCGAAUUACGCGAUCUAAUCAAAAACGCGCAAGAGCAAUGGAAUAUACCAGUAAAAAGUCCCGGGACGACCGGCGAUAGAUCGAAGGAGGCAGUUGCAAUUGCAAAUGUUGUUCAUCCGCUUGGACCUAUUAACGUGGUCGGACUCUCCAAGGAAUUUUCUCAAAAAAUAGAAUCGAUAAGUUCGCUAAUUGCGAGUUAUCAAAGAACCACGGUGCAAGAGAUCGCGCAAAUUACAGGAAUGGAUCCAAUGGUCAAAAAAUACCUUAGUUAUCUCAAGGACGAAUCGAAAAAUCUCAACUCGUUAUCAGAAGUACAAGAAAAUAUCAAAAUUUGCAAGAAUUUGGCUUUAGACGCGUGUCAAAAUACGUUCAAAUUUGUGAUCCAACAGACGACCGAUGUUUCGAAGAAAUUAGGAUUUCGAAUUAAUACUGAUAUUGAAGGCACUUUGUCGAUGUGGGGAUCCAUUAUUGUGAUGGACAUAAACUUUGACGAGGCUGCUAAUAAAAUCAUCAAAGUUACAAUCAAUAUUGCAUCCGAAUCUCAUCAGAAUGAUAAAGAUGACCUUGUUGACAAUCUUCUCACACAACAAUUAAGUGACUUCAAGAAUUUUAAAUUAUUUCAAAAAAAUCUUCAAGCACUAGCUACUUUGGAUACUCUGUCCAAAAUCAAUCACCCCUUAGAUUGCUUUCUGUGCAUCAAGUGCAUAGCUAAUGACAUUAAGUCAAUAUAUGAUAAAGAAUUUUCUGCUUCAGGAGGGGAUAUUCCUAAGAUCAUGACAGAUGGUCAUGGAAUUCCGUUGUUUCACGUAGAACGAGUGGGUCCUUCUAUUGCGUACUGGGCUCCGAGAUCUCGUAUCCUUGAAAUGGAUUGGGACGUUGUCAAAUAUGUUAUGGAGAAAGGCGAAAAUCACAAUUAUAUGCGGAAUUUCCAUCGUCUAUGGAUUACGAUGGAAGAGACCAGAUCCGCUCAAGUAUUUUUGCCUCCCGAACGAAAUCAUUAUUUGAUUGACGAAGAUGAUGACGAAUUUGAGUUAAUGCAGAGAUAUGAUAUUGUGCCAGACGAUAUCACAUUUCUCCUAUUACCAACCCCUUUAAAAUUUUUACAACCCAAAGAGAACUCCAUUGGUUCAACGUUUGUACAAUUUGUUUCAUGGCUUGAACCGCCUGUGUACGCAGUCGAUACCAUUGCUAAAGCAAUUGGAAGUUUGUCUGGUUUUUUUUUUAGUAGCGGAUCUGAAAAGAGAGAUCCUCAAAGUUUAUCAUUAGAGCAACUUUUGAUAGAAGAUGUGAUAUCAUCGGUGAAAUCAAGUUCAUCAGAUCGCGGUACAAGUUCGGAAAUACGAUGGGAAAAGAAAUUUGACGAUUCACCAUAUGUUCAAGUUUAUUCUUAUGACACAAAAUCUCACACGGAUGCAAAGAAGAUCGAACGUAUUCCUUUCAUUCAUCCCUACCAAAUUUUCAGUUCUUUCAAGUUUUUACGCCGACAACUAGUUUUUAACACGCUUUUUCAAAGUUGCUUCAACUCUUCUACAUAUAAACCAUUCUCCAAAUCUCAGAACACGUCUGCUGAGGCUACGAUAUUUGAAGAAAGUCAGCCAACAGACAUUCAAGUUCAUGUACAGAUAAUUGAUCCGCCUAAUUCCCUGUCUGUUACUUUCCAGGUGCCAGAAAUUGUUGCGUCGGUCUCUCUACAGAUCACUAUUUUAGAAGAUUCUCGGCUUUAUGUCUUACCGCAAAUACUUGGUGAAAGAAACGAUAACCGUGUCAUAACAGAUGAACUUUUGACACGAGUACUGCAAAUUUGUCAAGACGUUCCAAUGUUAGUCAGGUGGACAUUGAAAUCAUUAUUAAACAAUGCUAGAAUUAAGACUACCGAAGACGAAAUAAUGAAACUUGAUGGAUUUUUUACACUUGAUCAAACGGAAAACUAUGCUACCUUAUUCCCAUGA